GAGUUAAAAAUUUUGAUUUUUUUUUCAGCGAAUCGUGGCUUAACGUUAGUAUUCGUUGAAACGAAACGGGGUGCGAAUGAGCUGGCAUGGUAUUUGCAACGUAAAUAUUACAAUGUUGUACCGAUUCAUGGUGAUUUGAAGCAGUGCGAUCGUGAACGUCAUCUCGAAUUGUUCCGUAGUGGAGAGGCCAACAUUUUGGUCGCUACGGCUGUAGCUGCACGUGGUCUAGACAUUCCGAACGUNGAUUAUUUACGUGAUUCUGGUGGGAUACGACGGUGUGAAUUUCAGGUAGCUGCACGUGGUCUAGACAUUCCGAACGUGAAGCACGUGAUCAAUUUCGACUUGCCAACUGAUAUCGAUGAAUACGUGCAUCGUAUCGGUAGAACUGGUCGAGUGGGAAACGUCGGCCAGGCCACGUCGUUCUUCAACGACAAAAAUCGUAAUAUUGGGCGUGAUUUGGCUGAGUUGUUGGUUGAAUCAAACCAAGAGAUGCCCGAUUGGUUGGACGGUAUCGCCAAAGAGGGUGCAAUCAAAUCGAGUGGUUCACGUUUCGGACACCGUGGAAAGGGAGGCGGGUAUGUGCUGCUUGAUGAUAUCGAUGUCGGUGUUGAUAGCGAUAGAAAUAGAGACCGUGAAAACAACUGUGCUUAUUGUUUGUACAUGUCUUCUGAUGCGAUGUUAUUGUUCGCAUCUGUUUGA